UUUAACCUUAAUGGGAUGCACAAGGCUGGCGAUGUGAUCCUUGGUGGGCUGUUUGAAGUCCACUAUAGCUCUAUUUUCCCUGAGCUGACAUUCACCUCAGAGCCACAUCAGCCCAACUGCCAAGGCUUUGACACUCCAGGGUUCAGGCAUGCCAUGACCAUGGCCUUUGCUGUUGAUGAGAUCAACAAGAACUCCAAUCUGCUACCUAAUGUGACCCUGGGAUACAUUCUUUAUGACAACUGUGCUACACUUGGUAUUGGGUUCAGUGCUGCGUUGUCAUUGGCCAGUGGUCAAGAGGAGCAGUUUCUGCUUCAGGAGAACUGUUUAGGAAACCCUCCAGUUGUCGGUAUUGUGGGCGAUCCCUUCUCGACGCUUUCUAUUGCCACCUCUAAUGUUCUAGGUUUAUUCAAACUGCCUAUUGUGAGUUAUUUUGCCACAUGUUCCUGCCUGAGUGAUCGGGGAAGAUUUCCAUCCUUUUUCAGAACAAUCCCAAGUGAUGCUUUCCAGGUGCGUGCUAUGAUUCUGAUUCUAAAACACUUUGGCUGGACCUGGGUAGGUCUGCUGGUCAGUGAUGAUGACUAUGGACUUCAUGUUUCCAGAUCCUUUCAAUAUGACUUGGCUAGGUCUGGUGGAGGUUGCCUGGCCUACUCAGAGAUUUUGCCUUGGGGCAAUGAUCCAAAUGAAUACAAGAGGAUUGUGGGCGUGAUGACAAAAUCCACAGCUAACGUUGUCAUUGUGUUUGCACAUCAGCUGCACAUGAUUCAACUCAUGGAAGAGGUGGUAAAGCAGAAUAUGACAGGCCUGCAGUGGAUUGCCAGUGAAGCUUGGACAUUAGUUGAUGGGCUCCAUACCCCUGCCUUCAUGCCAUACCUGGGUGGCACACUGGGCAUCGCUAUCCGUCGUGGGAAAAUACCACGACUCAGGGACUUUCUGUCAAGAAUUAAUCCUCACCAACAACACCACAACAGCUAUGAAAAUAGCAUGGAGAAGCAGUUUUGGGAAUACACAUUUCAGUGUAGAUUUGCACCACCUCCAGCAGGUUGGGUGGAAGCUGGAGGAGCAUUAUGCACUGGACAGGAAGAUCUAGAGAAUGUGGAGACUGAGUUUUUGGAUGUGUCAGAACUCAGGCCUGAGUACAAUGUUUACAAGGCUGUAUAUGCUCUGGCAUAUGCCCUUGAUGACAUACAGCAGUGUGAGCCAGGGAGAGGGCCUUUCAGUGGGCACAGCUGUGCCACUUUGCAAAGACUGGAGCCAUGGCAGCUUAUGUAUUACUUGGAAAAGGUCAACUUUACUACACCAUUUGGUGAUCAAGUGUCAUUUGAUGAGAAUGGUGAUGCCUUACCAAUCUAUGACAUCAUGAACUGGCUGUGGCUCCCUGAUGGAAGAACUAAGGUUCAGAGUGUGGGUGUGGUUAAAAAGUCGGCUUCCAAAGGUGAAGAACUCACACUUGAUGAAGAGAAAAUCUUCUGGAACUUUGACUCCAAUAAGCCACCCAGGUCAGUUUGCAGCGAGAGCUGCCCCCCAGGUACCCGCAUGGCCAGGAAGAGGGGACAACCUAUAUGCUGUUUCGACUGCAUCCCGUGUUCUGAGGGCAUGAUCAGCAAUGAAACUGAUUCCAUGGAGUGCAUCAGUUGCCCAGAGGACUUCUGGUCCAGUCCCCAGCGUGACCACUGUGUUCCUAAGAAAACAGAGUUCCUCUCCUACCAUGAGCCUCUGGGUAUCUGCUUGACAACCGCCUCAUUGCUGGGCACACUUAUCUGUGUUGUUGUCCUGGUCAUCUUCACCUACCAUCGCAGCACACCCAUGGUACGCGCCAACAAUUCAGAACUGAGUUUCCUGCUCUUGGUGUCACUUAAACUUUGUUUCCUGUGCUCACUGCUGUUUAUUGGACGUCCCAGGUUGUGGACAUGCCAGCUGAGACAUGCAGCAUUUGGGAUCAGCUUUGUGCUUUGUGUUUCAUGCAUUCUCGUGAAAACCAUGGUGGUUCUGGCUGUGUUCAAGGCCUCUAAGCCAGGAGGUGGAGCCAGUCUGAAGUGGUUUGGUGCUAUGCAGCAGAGAGGGACUGUGUUGGGUCUUACAUCAAUCCAAGCAGCAAUCUGCACUGCCUGGAUUGUCUCCUUCUCACCAGCUCCUCAUAAAAACACUCAAUACCACAAUGACAAGAUAGUUUAUGAGUGUGCUGUAGGGUCCACACUUGGUUUUGCAGUGUUACUGGGUUACAUUGGCCUCCUGGCUCUCCUUAGCUUCCUGUUGGCAUUUCUGGCAAGGAAUCUUCCAGACAACUUCAAUGAAGCCAAACUCAUCACAUUCAGCAUGCUGAUCUUCUGUGCUGUGUGGGUGGCCUUUGUCCCAGCUUAUGUCAACUCUCCAGGUAAAUAUGCAGACGCAGUGGAGGUAUUUGCCAUCCUGGCUUCCAGUUUUGGUCUCUUGGUGGCACUGUUUGGACCCAAAUGUUAUAUAAUCCUGUUGAGACCAGAGAGAAACACAAAGAAAGCCAUCAUGGGUCGAGGCACCACCAAGUGA